AAUUUAGUUAUGGCUGAAGAAAUAGGAUAUAGUGUGAAAGGUAUAUCGGAGAGGCAGAUACAGUCCAGUGAUCAACACUUGGAACCAGCAGCUAUUAGAGUGACUUUUCGACACUACAAUGUCUGCGGGCUCUAUGUGCCGAGUCAUGGUCCACGGUUGAUCCUACCGGAAACUUGCCGUUUGGUGAAUCAUGUAUCUAUUUGGGUGCCUGCUGGGGAAUCACCAAUCAUCCGUAAAGUAGCUAAGACACUGCAAUGUCAAACCAUGACCGCGAUGGGAAUCCCAGAAACAGUCCAUUCUGAGAUUGUGGAAAAAAUUGCAUCUGAGGCUAGUUUUAAGCAUGCCACUGGUUACUCUGCUUGGAUUGUUGUUGAAAUGAGAAUUCCAAGUUGGUUUAAGCAUGAUUAUGACGUCUAUCUUAUGUUGUUGGACAUCGAAGAAGCUCUACGAACCAAUGAGGAUGAAUUUAGAGGAAGGCAAACAAAUCCUGCUACCAAAUCAUCUGUUGAUGCAUUGGAAAGAUUCGUGUUUCUUGAAAAUCUUACACCACCCACCUCAUGCACGGUGUGUAUGGAAGAGAUUGAGGUUGGGCCGGAGAUAAUUCGGCUACCAUGCUCCCAUUUUUAUCAUCAGGAUUGCAUCCUCACGUGGCUGCAGGUCAGCCACUUCUGUCCACUUUGCCGCCAUGAGUUGCCAACUGAUCAGUAGGCUAUCAGUCAUUUAGUUCUGUAGUUUGUUUUUUCUAGAAAGUCACUUAGAAUAGCCUGUUUCAUUUUAUGGUUG